GAAACGCAGAGACUCCAAAAAGAGCCCGUCGAAGGCAUUACGGCUUCUCCGGACUCGGCAAAUGCUCGUUACUUCCGAGUUGUCGUCGAAGGUCCCAAAGAUAGUGCCUACGAAGGGGGCUAUUUCAAGUUAGAACUUUUCCUACCAGAAGACUAUCCGAUGUCCCCACCGAAAUGUCGGUUUAUGACGAAAAUAUACCAUCCUAACAUUGAUAACCUCGGCCGGAUUUGUCUAGACGUCCUGAAGAGUAAAUGGAGUCCAGCUUUGCAGAUCCGGACGGUGCUCCUAUCCAUUCAAGCUCUAUUGGGUGCACCGAACCCCGAUGACCCCUUAGCUAACGAUGUUGCGCAGGCAUGGAAGGAAAACGAAAAUCAUGCAAUUGAGACGGGUUAG